AUGUGCGAUUACAUCCUCUAUGAGAGCAGCGUCGGCUAUGCCGUCUUCAAGGUGAAGAUGCAGGGCGACACCAUUGGGAAUCGGCUGGCAGAGGUGCAGAACAAGGCGCAGGACCUUGCGACAUUUGCAGGCAAAAUGGUCGAAGUCGUCACUUUCGCUCCCUUCCAGAAUGCGACCCAGGCGCUAUCCAAUGCGAACGAUAUCUCGGAAGGCAUCUGCUCGGAUUACCUGAAAUCUACUCUGGAGGCAGCGCUGCCGAAGGCUAGCAAGAAGAGCAAGGUUGUCCUCGGCGUUCAGGAUAGAAACCUGGCGGGCAGUAUCAAGGAUGCCUUCCCAAACCUCGAGUGCGAGACGAGCGAAACCAGCGAAGUCGUUGCAGACCUCCUACGAGGUGUCAGAAUGCAUGCGGGCAAGCUGUUGAAGCAACUGCAGGAAGGGGAUAUUGACAAGGCGCAGCUUGGUCUUGGACAUGCGUACAGUCGCGGCAAGGUCAAGUUCUCUAUCAAUCGGAACGACAACCACAUCAUCCAAGCUAUAGCAACACUCGACCAGCUCGACAAGGCUGUUAAUACUUUCUCGAUGAGAGUCCGCGAAUGGUACUCCUGGCACUUCCCCGAGCUCAUCAAAAUCGUCUCCGACAACGCAACCUACGCCAAGCUCGUGCUCUUCGUCGGCAACAAAACCACGCUCUCCGAUGACAAGCUACACGACCUGGCCGCAGUCGUCAACGACGAUGAGUCGGUCGCUCAGAGCAUCAUUGAUGCGGCGCGCGUGAGUAUGGGUCGCGAUAUCUCAGAGACCGAUCUCGAGAACGUUCUCGACUUUGCCAAGCGCGCUGUCUCCUUGGCUGGCUAUCGCAAGAGCCUACACGCGUACCUCGUAUCGAAGAUGAGUGUUGUUGCACCUAACUUGGCGACCUUGAUCGGUGAAAUGGUUGGCGCGCGGCUAAUCUCAAAGGCUGGCAGUCUGACUAAUCUGUCCAAAUACCCUGCUUCGACUGUGCAGAUUUUGGGUGCCGAGAAGGCUCUUUUCAGGGCGCUGAAGACGAAGGGAAACACCCCCAAGUACGGCUUGAUCUAUCACUCAAGCUUCAUCGGGAGGACCGGUCAGAAAAACAAGGGACGCAUCAGCAGGUUCCUUGCGAACAAGUGCUCAAUCGCGAGUCGCAUAGACAACUUCUCUGAAGUGCCAACAACCAAGUUUGGUGAUGCCCUGAAGAAGCAGGUGGAGGACAGGAUCAACUUCUAUGCCAGCGGGGAGCCGCCAAUGAAGAAUGAAGAUGCUAUGAAAUCCGCAAUGGACGCCGUUCUCGCGGAUAUACACAUCGCGGAUCCCACCGCGGGCGCCGCAAGCGACGAGGAGAUGGCGGAUGGUGUCACGGCUGCGGCUACGGAGCAGAAGCUGCGCCAGAAGAAGAUGAGGAAAGAGGAGAAGAAGUCCAAGAAGUCCAAGACCGAGGAUGUAGAGAUGGCUGACGUCGAGGCCAAGAAGGAGAAGAAGGACAAGAAGAAGCGACACAGUGAGGUCAAUGGCGUCAAGGAGGAGAAGCCUGAGGGCAAGAAAAGGAGAAACUCUGAAGCUGAUGUGGAUGGGGAGAAGAAGAAGAAAAAGAAGAGCAAGGCUUAA